AUGACACACACAGGCGAUGUUUCCCAAGUACACGAUAUUGAAAUUUUAGCUUUAAAUCCAAAGGUUAACAAAUUUGCCACAGUUAAACCAACAGCAGUUUCAAAAAAAGAUAAAGAAAAUUGGGCAAGACUCGACCAUUCCAAAACAAUUUUUUCAGAUAAUCCAUUAGGUUUAACUUGCGGUAUGGUUUGUCCAGUUAGUACAUUAUGUCAAUAUGGAUGUAAUUUAGCAGCCACCGAAGAAGGUCCAAUUAAUAUUGGUGGUCUUCAACAAUUUGCAACUGAUGUUUUCAAAAAGAUGAAUAUUCCACAAAUCCGUGAUCCAUCAUUAACCCCAAUUGACCAAUUACCAGAAUCUUAUAAAGCCAAAAUUGCAUUAAUUGGUUGUGGUCCAACAUCUAUCAGUUGUGGUACCUUUUUAGCUCGUUUAGGUUAUAGUGACGUUACAAUCUUUGAAAAAGAACAAUAUUUAGGUGGUUUAAGUAGCGCUGAAAUCCCAAAUUAUCGUCUCAAUUACGAAGUUGUAGAAUUUGAAAUUAAAUUAAUGAAGGAUUUAGGUGUCAAGGUUGAAUAUGGCAAGCGUUUAGGUGAAAAUGGUUUCACUGUUGAAUCAUUACACCAACAAGGUUAUGAAGUUGUCUAUUUAGGUAUUGGUAUGCCAGAGCCAAAAAUUGAUCCAGUUUUCAAUGGUUUAACAACCCCAGAAGGUUUUUACACCUCAAAAGAAUUCCUUCCACUUGUUUCAAAAGCUUCAAAGGCCGGUAUGUGUGGUUGUAAAUCAAAAUUACCAGAAUUAAAUGGUAGAGUUAUUGUUUUAGGUGCUGGUGAUACUGCUUUCGAUUGUGCUACAUCUGCUUUCCGUUGUGGUGCUAAACGUGUCACUGUUUGUUUCCGUAGAGGUUUCUCUGAUAUGAGAGCCGUUCCAGAAGAAGUUGAUAUUGCCAAAGAUGAACGUUGUGAAUUCCUUCCAUAUGUCCUUCCAAAACAAGUAAUUAAACGUGAUGGUAAAGUUGUUGCAAUGGAAUUCUAUAAAACCGAAAAAGGUGACGAUGGAAACUAUGCUGUUGAUGAAGACCAAUUCUUUAGAGUUAAAUGUGACUACAUUAUCUCAGCUUUUGGUAGUCAAAUUGGUUCAGUUGCUGAUUCAUGUAAGCCAUUAACAUUUAAUAAAUGGGGCACUGCCGAUAUUGAUCCAUUAACUAUGCAAUCCAAAACUGCUGAAUGGGUAUUCUGUGGUGGUGAUUUAGUUGGUAAUGGUACCACAGUCGAAGCUGUUAAUGAUGGUAAAACCGCCUCAUGGAACAUUCACAAAUAUCUUCAAGCCCUUCAUGGUAUUCCAAUUCUUUCAGACACUCCACAAUUACCAAACUUUUUCACUCCAAUCGAUUUAGUAGAUAUCAGUGUCGAAAUGUGUGGUAUGACUUUCCCAAAUCCAUUUGGUCUUGCAUCAGCUACACCAGCUACCUCUGCUGCUAUGAUUCGUAGAUCAUUCGAACAAGGUUGGGGUUUUGCUGUCACUAAAACUUUCUCUUUAGAUAAAGAUCUUGUUACUAAUUGCUCACCAAGAAUUGUUAGAGGUACUACCAGUGGUCACCAUUUCGGUCCAGGUCAAGGUGCUUUCUUAAACAUCGAAUUAAUUUCUGAAAAGACAUGCGCCUAUUGGUGUAAAGCAGUUACUGAAUUAAAACGUGACUUCCCAAAACACAUCGUUAUUGCCUCAAUUAUGUGUGGUUUCAAUAAGGAAGAUUGGACUGAAUUAGCUAAAAAAGCUGAAGCUAGCGGUGCUGAUGGUUUAGAAUUAAAUCUUUCAUGUCCACAUGGUAUGGGUGAAAAGGGUAUGGGUUUAGCUUGUGGUCAAGAUACCGAGUUAGUUUUCCACAUUUGCCAAUGGGUUAGAGCUGCUGUUAAAAUUCCAUUCUUUGCCAAAUUAACACCAAAUGUCACCGAAAUUAAAGAUAUUGCCAAAGCUGCUCAUGAUGGUGGUGCUGAUGGUGUUACUGCUAUCAAUACUGUUUCAGGUUUAAUGGGUCUCAAAGGUGAUUCUAACGCAUGGCCAGCUAUUGGUGAUGAAAAACGUACAACAUAUGGUGGUGUAUCGGGUAAUGCCACACGUCCAAUGGCUCUUCGUGCUGUUUCAUCCAUUAGAAAAACUCUUCCAGACUAUCCAAUCAUGGCCACUGGUGGUUGUGACUCUGCUGAUGCCACUAUUCAAUUCCUUCAUUGUGGUGCCUCUGUAGUCCAAAUUUGUUCAUCAGUUCAAAAUCAAGAUUUCACCGUCGUUGGUGAUUAUAUUACUGGUCUCAAGACUUACCUCUACAUGCAAUCACGUGAAGAUCUCCUCAAAUGGGACGGUCAAUCACCACCAAACGAAGUUAUCAAUAGAAAUCCAAAACUUCAAGGACUUCCAAAAUUCGGUAAAUACCUUUUAGAACGUAAUAGAAUUGAUACUGAAGAAAAACAAACAAAGGAUCUCUUACAAGUAACCAAUCCAUUAACACCAUCACCAAACCCAACCCUUCCAGUCCCAACUAUUAAAGAUCAAAUCAAUCGUGCUAUCCCAAGAAUAGGUCGUCACGAUGACCUCAGACGUGAUCAACAAGUUGUAGCUAUUGUUGAUGAAGAUAAAUGUAUUAAUUGUGGUAAAUGUUAUAUGACUUGUAAUGAUUCAGGUUAUCAAGCUAUUCAAUUUGACGGUAAAACUCACAUUCCACUCGUCACCGAUCUUUGCACUGGUUGUGAUUUAUGUCUUUCUGUUUGUCCAGUACCAGAUUGUAUUACCAUGGUUCCACGUACAACUGUUUAUAAACCAGAUCGUGGUUUAAUUGUUUCGAACUAAAUUGGGCUCAAAAAAAAACUAUAAAACAAUCAAAGAAAUAAAAAAAAAAAAAUUUGUAAAAAUAAUUAACAUCCACAUACUC